AUGACAAAUGAUAAUCCUGCUAUCACGACUUCCUCCUCAUCUACUGUGCCUCGCACUGUGUUUCAUGAGGAUGACUUUACACAUCCCUGUCAUCCCCUAUAUGUGCAUCCAUCAGACGUACUAGGAGCUUCUUUGGUUUCUAGUCCGUUUGAUGGCACCUGCUAUGGCAGCUGGAGGAGAAAUAUUUUGGUUGCUCUCUCUAUUCGAAAUAAACUUGAUUUUAUUAGCGAUUCUUCUACAAAGCCGCCUGUUGGAUCUCCUCUGGCUCGCCAAUGGCAACGAUGUAAUGAUCUUGUAGUUUCAUGGUUGAUCAACUCUUUGUCAAAAGAGAUAUCUCGUAGUGUAGAAUACUCUGAAUCUGCCAAGGAAAUUUGGUGUGAAUUGGAAGAGAGAUAUGGUAAAGCUGAUGGGGCUAGAGUCUUUGAGCUAAAGAAAGAAUUAGCUCAUAUUUCCCAAGGGUCUUUAGACAUAGCCUCGUAUUUUAACAAAAUUAAACAACUCUGGGAUGAGAUUGCAUCCUACAAGAUCAGAGUUUGUACUUGUGGAGGAAAAGCUGCUGAGGAUGAAGAGCAAAAGGUUUAUCAGUUCCUUAUGGGUCUGAAUGAUACCCGCAACCUAGAAGUUCAAAUAGGAAAAAUCUCUCAAGCUUCAAAUUCUCGUCCUAUGGAGGACUACCAAGUGAUACAGUGGUAA